AUAUGGGUUUUAUUGAUUUUGAUUUGAACUACAUUUAUCAAAAGAAUAAUGAGCGGAGCACCUGGUCAUGACUUGUCAUUAAAGUAAACGCAACCAGAACAGAGACCAACGCACGUGACGCUUGAGUUCGGCACAGCGUGAUUGGGCGGCAGUAUGCAGGUGUGAUGGGCUGCACAUGGAUAGGCUCGAUUUUUUUUGUCUUUUAAAUCGUCCCACUACCCACCUUCUGCCUUCUUAACUCCUCCAUUCCCACUGCUGCCAUCGCUUUUCCUCCAAAUUUACAUUUACACCAUUUCUCCACCCACCCAGGAGCCAGGAGCCAGGAUCCAUGGUCCAUCUCAUUAAAUGAUGCCUUUCCUUUUCCUUCUAAAGCUGUUAGGUCACAGAUCGUAUCUCUCAUUCUCUGUUUCUCCACUACCGGUAUCAAAACGACUCUACCAAGUGGUCUCCGUCAACGUCCAAGUCUUCGAGCACGUGAUCCCCUUCCAUGCAAACUUCUCAAAUGUUGAUAUACAGUUUUUUUUUUUUAGUGGACACGCUAUCAGGGCUCCUGACAUCAUUUCCAGACCGAUAUCUCAUUGCACGAAAGAUGAUUGCGUCAUGGUAUAUGCAUCAACCCAGUUCACCAAAUGGUAUAUAAAGCAUAAUUAUCCUUUUCACUUUGAAAGCAAAAAUUAUAUUAAGCACUCGCCAAAUGUUAUCUCCUACACCCUACAGCUGGUCCCGAGAAUCAAUCAUUUCUCAAACAAAGACUAUAAAGUUAGGGGUGGCUGGCCCUCAUCCUCUUUUAUAGCAAGCCUGCACCUUUACGACCAUGUAUUCAUUGAUUUCAUUCAGUUAACUAUUGGUUGUGGGCCCUUAUAUGUACUUAAACAAAAAAGUUAAAAGACAAUAUGGACUGAACAAUUUUGAGGAGUAUUCCUUUGCUUAUCCCAAUGGGAGAGUUUCUCAGACGAAAAAGUUGGGUAUCUCCUGAAGUAGAGAUUUUUUUUUACCCCUUCAUUAUAAUAAUUUUCAACUUGAUUUACAAGUAUAAAUUUUUGCAACUUAGAUUUCUCUUUUGGGAAUGCUAAGAAAAGAGAGUGAGGGGGCAGAUUAAAACCCUUUCUUUAUGUUUUUCAUAUAAACAACAGACCGAAAGCCUCAACCCAGCUCUGAUAUGACAGGGGAAUCUUAAGAAAAAAACAAAUGAUGAUUAGACCUGUGAGGUGGUCUGCAACUUUUCUUCCUUUUUUCAUUAUUUUCCUUUCAACUCGGUGGACGAUGGACCUUAUCUGCUUUGCGAGAAAGUGUGUCCCCAACAACACCUCAUAGGCUGAGAAAGAAAACGGAUUAUUAUUAUGCUUUGCAAGUUUUCAUCAUGGUUGCUUGAGGAAAAGGCCAGCGAUUCUUGACCCCAAAGUCAUCACAUUAUUAAUUACAAGUUACGACUGAAGAUAAUGGGGGGAUUUGGGAAUGGCAUGAUGGUUAUUUAGAGAAGGUUUAGUGUUAAUUAGGAGUGGAAAAGGCUGCUAAGAAGUGAAACUGCCUCGAAGUGAGAGCAGCACCCACGCGUACUGCCCAUACAUUCGUUAUGUGGGCGGCAUACGGACAAAGUUUAACGUGAUCACAACCCUGAGCACCCUCUCUCUUAUAUGUGUUUCGAUUCUCAGUUCUCUCUGGAAUCUCUCUCCUUUGGAUCAUCUGAUUCAGUUUAUUUUAUUUUUGGCCUUUAUCGGCAAGGAAGCCAGGCGGAAACGACACUUCUUUCUUUACUAUUUAUUUCCGUUUUCUGCUUUCCAUCCUCCUUUCUGGUGUCGGUGAUUCGUAGAAGAAGAAGAAGGAAGGAUUAGGAUACCGCCACUGAGACGAGUAGACAGGAAGCCAUGGUAGAAACAGCAAGUCAUCAGGCUCCGCCUCCCCAGGUGGCUAGGCCACCCCCUCCGCCACUUGGAGGAUCCAGGGGUCCUAUUUUUCCUCCUAAUGAACAGCUGCAUCAGCUUCACUUCUGCAUCCACUCCAACCCUGCUUGGCCACAAGCAAUUAUAUUGGCUUUUCAACACUAUAUUGUGAUGCUUGGAAGUACAGUUUUGAUUGCUAGUACCCUUGUGCCACUCAUGGGUGGGAACAACGGUGACAAAGGUCGCGUGAUCCAGACGUUGCUUUUUAUGGCAGGAGUGAAUACACUGCUUCAAACAUUACUCGGGGCGAGGCUUCCUACUGUGAUGGGUGCAUCAUUCGCAUUCUUCAUACCAGUCAUGUCCAUUGUUAAUGAUUUCGCUGAUAAGACCUUCAAAUCUGAGCAUGAGAGGUUUGUCUACACUAUGAGAGCUAUUCAAGGGUCAUUAAUGGUUUCUUCCAUCAUCAACAUCUUCCUUGGAUAUAGUAGGGUGUGGGGGAACUUGACUAGAUUCUUCAGUCCAGUUAUUCUUGUACCAGUUGUUUGUGUAGUGGGUCUUGGUCUGUUCAUGAGGGGCUUCCCUCAGCUUGCUAAUUGUGUGGAGAUUGGUUUGCCAAUGCUAAUUCUACUGGUUAUUGGCCAGCAGUAUUUGAAGCGGAUUCACCCAAGGGUCCAGCUCAUCCUUGAGAGGUUUGGUUUGCUUUUAUGCGUUGCUAUUAUCUGGGCUUUUGCUGGCAUCCUGACUGUGGCUGGUGCUUACAAAAAUGCCAUGGAGCAGACAAAACGGAGUUGCCGCGUGGAUCAUUCUUACCUUAUAUCAUCUUCUCCAUGGAUCAGAAUUCCAUAUCCAUUUCAGUGGGGUCCUCCUGUAUUUAGAGCAAGCCAUGUCUUUGGGAUGAUGGGAGCUGCACUUGUUACAUCAGCUGAGUCAACUGGAACAUUUUUUGCUGCUGCACGGCUUGCGGGUGCUACACCCCCUCCACCACAUGUGCUCAGUCGAAGCAUUGGUCUGCAGGGAAUUAGCUUGCUGCUUGAUGGGUUAUUUGGGGCUGUUGUUGGUACCACUGCAUCUGUUGAAAAUGUGGGCCUCCUUGGACUCACACACAUAGGGAGCAGAAGGGUGGUGCAGAUAUCAACUGCUUUCAUGUUCUUCUUCUCCAUAUUUGGGAAGUUUGGUGCCUUCUUUGCAUCUAUUCCUUUACCAAUAUUUGCUGCCAUAUACUGUGUUCUAUUUGGCAUUGUUGCUGCUACUGGGAUCUCAUUUCUUCAAUUUGCUAACAGUAAUUCCAUGAGAAACCUCUACGUCUUGGGGUUGUCCCUGUUCCUUGGGGUAUCAAUAUCUCAAUAUUUUGUCUCACACACAACCACAGAUGGUCAUGGACCAGUUAAAACAGAUGGAGGAUGGUUCAAUGACAUCCUAAAUACAAUCUUCUCAUCACCUCCAACUGUUGCCAUUAUCGUUGGGACGCUACUUGAUAACACACUUGAUCCAAGACGCUUCCAUGAUGACAGAGGAAUUCAAUGGUUGGUUCCAUUCCAUCACUGGAAGGGCGAUUCAAGGAAUGAGGAGUUUUACAACCUCCCUCUCAGGAUAAAUGAGUACAUGCCCACCAGAUAUCUUUGAAUACAUUUUAGCUGCCUGUAUAGUAGCUAGACUUUUCAUGCAAGUUUCAUGUUUUGUCAUGCAUGAUGAAGGUUUGUUCUAAAUUAUAGACUAAAACUGUGUCAAUGUUUGUGAGUCAACAGAAAAAUUUUCCUUUCUGCUUUACAGAA